AGAAUCGAUCCUAACUUUUGUUAGUGGGAAGAGUAUUACUACGUAUGUUCAACGAAAGGUGAACCGAGUGUGUAUGUUCAGUUAACUUGAGUUGAGUUCAGUUGAGAGUCGCAAACGUGACGUGUCAUCAUUUUAUAUACAUUGGCUAGUAAUAAAAGAACAACAACAAAAAAAUCUAUUUAACGAGAAAUAAAGGUAAAAAAGAAAGGGGUAGAGACAAAUUUUACAAGGAAACAAAACUCAGGAAAGGAAGCUUGCGAAGAGAAAAAGGAGGUGGAGAAAUUCAGAAGAUAAUUAGGAAGAAAGAUGAGCAUAAGAUUGGAAACCGUUGCCACGAUGGCCUGCAUGAAGACUCUCCUUAUACUAUUUAAUUUUGUAUUCUGGGUAUCUGGUAUGCUGAUGCUGUGUAUUGGAAUAUGGAUGCGUGUUCAACUUCGAGAUUACGUUAAUACCAAUGACGAAGCAAGUGGAACUGCAUUGUUAGCACUUGCAAGUCUUGGUGCAAUUUUAGCACUGGCAGCAACAUUAGCAUGUUGUUGUACUGCUCGUGGACAUCCUGCUUUGCUUUAUUUGUAUGGAGCUUUCUUAGCGGUGGUAGCAUUGUUGGAACUUGGCGUGGGUGCUUCGAUUUAUGCUUAUCGUACGUCCUUGAACGAAGGAUUUGAACAAGGAUUAAACGAUAGCAUAACAGCUUAUGCUCAUGAUCCGAAAAAACGUUCGCAUCUUGAUACCAUUCAAUCUACCUUACAUUGCUGCGGAAGCAAAGAUUAUACCGAUUGGUUGAACACGAAUCCACCAAAUAUUCCUAUAUCCUGUUGCAAAGUACAAGAGGAAUGUAACCCUUUUAAUACAGAAAACAUUUAUACCGAGGGUUGUUACAAUCUCGUAUUAACUUUCAUUAACAGUAAUAUUGGAUUAGUAGCUGGCACGGCUAUUGGGGUUGCAUUCUUCCCAUUGAUCGGUGUAUUUUUAGCAUGUUGCUUGGCUAAUAAUAUUAAUAAGGCGAAAUACGAACAGGUUGCCUAGGUCAUGAAUUGUUUAAGGAAAAAUUGUAUCCGAUGAAAAUGGAAGGAUUAAAGAAAGAAAGAAAGAAAGAAGAAAUGACUAAUCGUAAGACUAAGAUUAACGAAAGUAUAAAAUUAGAACGAUGAAAGAAUUCUAAAAAAAAAAAGAAAAAAAAAAAUAAGAAA